AUGAAGAGUGGUCGGUGUGGUGUGUUGCAGGCGGACGGGCGCACGUUGCGCGGCCGCUGCACGCAGAGCGGCGGCGGAGUGGGCCGCAACCUGGCGGACGCGCUGGCCCGCACGGGCCCGCCGCCGCUGCUCGUCUCCGUCGUCGGCGACGACCAGUUCGGACGCUUCCUCCUCGCCGAAACUCUCUCCCAUGUCGACACCUCCGCCGUAGAUAUUCGUAGAGAUGGUCGGACAGCUUGCUACACUGCAGUUCUUGACAAGCACGGAGAGUGCCACAUGGGAAUCGGUGACAUGAACAUCCACGAUUUAAUUACCCCUUCUUUGAUACUGAAGAGUGAACAGAAACUCAGAGAGAGUUGCAUGAUAUUAAUGGAUGGUAACAUUCCUCAGGAGACAGUUGAUCUAAUAUUGAAGCUUGCUGAGGACGGUGACAUACCAGUUUGGUUUGAACCUACAGAUGUCUCAAAGUCCAUAAAACCAUUCAGAAGCAGCUUAUGGAAGUCAUUAUACGCAUUUUCACCCAACUUAAAUGAGCUGAAAAUGAUGGCUAGAGAAGCAGGAUUUCCAGUGAACAUGAGCCUGAGCAUUCAAAAAUCUUGCCCAGAGGAAGUUCUUGAAGAAGUGACAAGACUUGGUAACUAUUUAGUGAAUGAAAGUAUCAGCGCCACUGCUGUUGUCACUCUGGGAAAUAUUGGACUAGCAAUAAUUCGUAGAGGUAAGCCAGAUGAGCCAUUUUAUGCACAAGGAAAAUGGCUGAAACAAACUGGUGACAUCAGUGCCCGCCUCUACCCAGCAAAAAAAGUGACAAACUUGGUGAAUGUCAUGGGAGCUGGUGACUGCUUGGCUGCUGGUUUCAUAAGAGGCAUGUUGCUAGGGCUGUCCGAGGAGAGGUGUGCUGCUGUGGGACUAGCCUGUGCCUCUGCUGCCCUUAAUAAUGACUGUGCUGUGCCGGUUCGCCUUCUUUCUGAGAAUGCUAUCAGACAGACCACAGCUGCCGAAUUUCUAUCACUGCAUUAAGUAUAAUGUGUAGAUAGCGUUUACCGAGCUGGAAUUAUCAUGAAUGUGAGAAUGAUGGCAGAGGGAUGGAAUUGGUGAUAUUUUUAUCUGCUUUGCAAUUUAACUGUAAAUAAAUCUACAUUUUUAUAUUCUCUUAA